CACCCACAAACAACAACGCGCACACCAACACCACGCACCACCGAAUUGACACACCGUCCACCACUUUUGAGUCCCUAUCGGCCCCUCUCCUCACCCUCUUCAUCUUUCCUUCUCUCUUACCCUUCUCUCUUACCUCACACACGAUGGAGUUCAACGACAAGCUGAGCAUUGUGCAGAAGAAGGCUGCCGAAAGCGUGGGAAAGACGCUGGACGGCGGCGUGUACGUGGUCACGGGCGGCACAGGCUUUGUUGGCCAGCGUUUGGUGGAGAUGCUUGUGGAGCGUGGCGCCGAUCGCGUCAUCUCCUUCGACAUUGUCCCACCGACGUCGCUGUGCUGGAUUCACCCGAAGAUUGAGUAUGUGGUUGGUGACAUCACCAACAAGGAGCAGGUGAUUGAGGCGUGCAAGGGCGCCGACUGCGUGUACCACAUUGCGGCUGCAGUGGGCCCAUUCCACCCCUACCCGCUCUACGAGCGCGUCAACUACCAGGGCACGCUGCACGUGAUUGAGGCCUGCCGCGUUCACAACAUCCCCAAGCUGGUCAUGUCCUCGUCGCCAUCCACGCGGUUUGACGGCUCCGACGUCGACGGCCUCACAGAGGCACAGAUGCCCGCCCUCCCGCUGCCGCGCUACAUGCAGACGUACGCCGAGACCAAGGCCAUGGGCGAGAUGGCAGUCACCGCCGCCUGCUCCCCAUCCCUCAUGACCGUCUCCGUCGCCCCACACCAGGUGUACGGCCCGCGCGACAACCUGUUCAUGCCCAACAUCCUGGAGGCCGCCGGGACGGGCGUGCUGCGCAUCUUCUCGGCACGACGGACCGGUUACGGCAUGAACAAGGUGUGCUUCACGCACGUGGACAACUACUGCCACGGUCUCAUGUGCGCCGAGAAGGCGCUGUUCAAGAACAGCCCCGCGCUCGGCAAGUUCUACAUUGUCACGGACGGGCGCACGCACCCGUCGCCGCUCGGAUAUGCGCACUUCUGGCAGGUGCUGGACGAGCCAAUCAAGGCCAUGGGGUUCCCAUCCAUCUGGUCCAAGUUCAAGCUGCCCGUGUGGCUGCUGAUGCCCAUUGCGCACAUCUGCGACUUUAUUGGCUGGCUCACGGGCCGCAAGCUCAAGCUGAACCCCUUCAACGUGCGCGUGCUGACGAUGCACCGCUGGUUUGACAUUUCCGUUGCGGAGCGCGACCUCAAGUUCACGCCCAUCAUCUCGUUUACAGACGGGUGGCGGGACACGGCCGACUACUUCAAGGAGCACUGGCUGCCGCGCUUCCGCACCAACAGGCGCGUGGCCGGCCUUGCGCAGCAGUCCGAGGACAAGAUCAACAUCCAGGCCAGGCGCUGAGCUGAGCGUCCGUCAUUGGUGAAGAUGGAGACAAGAAAAGGGAUGGAAUGUGGGGCUGUGUUGUGGGUCGUGUACACGUGUGUGUGUGUGUGUGCAUGUGUGUGUGUGUGUACAUGUGUGCAUGUGUGUGAGUGUGUGGGUGUGUGUGUGUACGUGUGUGUGUGGUACAUGUGUACAUUGUACAUGUCUGUGUGUGGUGCAUGUGUACAUUGUACAUGUGUGCGUGUGUGUUUGUGUGUGCAGAUUGUUUGCCUAGGUUGGCCGUGUUGGAGGUUGGUUUGAUAGCUUGCUUGCGGAAUGGGGGUUGUGGUGGCUCGCCUUUGGUAGUUGCUGUUGUUGUCGUUGUUGCCUUGAGACAUGGCCUGGCGGCCUUCUUGUUUGAAUCUGUGCUUUGCAGCGUCGUCAUCAUCACAUCAUGUUAUGUCACA